CCCGGCCCGGCCCGGCACGGCUCGGCUCGGCUCCCGCUGUCCCGGUUGGGCGGGGCCGCGAGGGUCUGAGUGUGCAAGGGAAGUGAAGUGAGAGCAUGCCAGGGCACAUGACCCGACCCCACCUGUUCCUGCUGGUCCUUGGACUCCUGCUGACCUUAUUCCUGUACAUGCUGCUGCCCAAUGCUCCCUCGCCCAGUGUGCUGCCUCCGGGAGUCCCCAACAUCACAGUGUUGACUGGCCUGGUCCCUGGAGACUCCCCCCUUUUCUACCGUGAGGCUUUGCCUGUUGGUAGAGCACGCAGGGUGGAGGUGGUGCUCCUGCAUGGACAGGCCUUUAGCUCACACACGUGGGAGAAGCUGGGGACCCUGGUGCUGCUCUCGCAGCAUGGCUACCGGGCUGUAGCCCUUGACCUGCCGGGAUAUGGGAACUCAGCUGCUUCCCCAGAGGCUGCCACUGAGGCCGGACGGCUGAGACUCCUGACAAGGACGCUGCGGGGCCUGGGCCUUGAGAACCCAGUGCUUGUCAGUCCCUCUAUGAGUGGUCGUUAUUCCCUCCCCCUCCUGCUGCAGGGGGGUGGGCAGCUCCGGGGUUUCGUGCCCAUCGCACCUGUCGCCACCAACAAGUAUUCUUCUGAACAAUACCUGGGAGUCAAGACACCAACUCUCAUCCUGUAUGGGGAGCUGGACCGACUUCUGGGCAUGAAAUCCCUGAAUUCUCUUCGGUACAUCCCCAACCACUCAGUGGUGAAACUCAACGGUGCUGGUCACGCCUGCUACCUCAACAAGCCACAUGCCUUUCAUACUGUCUUGCUGGAUUUCCUCAGUGAACUUCCAUGAACCUGUUGAUCCCAGCUCCUGAGCUCCAUGGGGACCAGUUCCUCUUGCCACUAUAGGAGCAAGGCCUGCCCUUGCCUUCAACCACCCCAAACCACUGAAACUGAGAGCCCCUCCCCGUAAAUCUCCUUGUCCAAACAGCCCUGUAGAGAGAAGGAUGCCAAGGGACCACCUCAGGUACUGAAAUUCUAGGACAUGGGGUCCGAGGGCCUGGGGCUCCCAGCUUUGUGAUGAGGCCCUGUUCUUUUGGCUGCCAAGAACUGGUUACUUGCAUCUGGGAGAACUGGGAGAUCGCAGAGGCUCUGACUGAGGCAUAGAGGGAUCCUAUUUGCAGUAAACCCAGUUUCUGAAGCCAA